AUGACAGACACCGAUGAUGAUCGACUGGAUCGAAAACUCAAAAAGCACCCGGAAAUUACAUUACGCACUGGCACCCAAGGCCGCAAGCGUUGGGUAAUACCGGUAAUACCGGUCAUGCGCAUCGGCUUUGGUGCCAAACUCGGGAAGGCCCGAAGGAUGAUUCAAGAUGGCGCGACAAUCUGCCACAUCUGGUCAUCAACGCCCGCUCCAGCAGUUCUUGCGCGUCUUUUUACCAGGGUAUAUGCCAUCGAAUUCCAACCGACUCUACUCCGUACCCCUGGCUGCCUGGCUGCUUGCGAUUUCGUUCCCCACGAACCCACCCACCCAACCAUCUUUCUAGUGAGCUUCCCUGAUGACGAUCUGCGCUCGAUGGCUGGGUUCACCAACGUGGCGGUCGGGGUCAUUGUUCCAGAAGCCCGGUGUUUUUGUCUCUCUGGUUAUCCCUAUUUCAUAAGAGUCUCGAUUCUCGAACUCACCAUCAACCUGCAAUUUAGCACUGAUUUUCAUGCGACUGUACAUAAUCUGCGCGACAGUACACUCUACAGAUUUCGUGUCACCUUGCGAGGGGCAGCCUGCACCGCAGCAAGUAUGGUGAUCCCGCUGCAACAUAGUCUCCAUGUGUUUGUCGCUCGCAAUAUGCCCCUUGGUGCAACAUCGGCUAUCGACAAUACGAGCAGAAGAAAAAGCGCCGCAGUAAGACAAAUCGCAGUGCCUGGUACCUAG